CACUUGUUCAUCUAACAACCGUCUCUCUUCUGAAUCAAGUUUCUCUCUCCAAUUCAAAUCGAAAAGAUUUCACUCCAUCUUCUUCCUCCAUGGCUGUAAUAUCGGCGAAAAUCGAGUCAUCGCCUUCGAAAUUCCUCUCAAAAGAAGCAACCAGAUCAUCUUCUCCAUCAGUUUCAACUGUAGCCGAUCAGAAUAACACUUCUUCUUCUUCUUCAACGAAUGAAUCCACCACUUCAAAUGACCUCUUGCAUGACUCUGAAAUUCAGCCUUAUCCGCAGGCGAGAAGUGAGGAAUAUCGACAUCUGUUCCGUCUUCCAGAUGAGGAAGUUCUUAUUCAGGAUUUUAAUUGUGCAUUGCAAGAGAAUUUUUUUCUUCAGGGUCAUCUAUACCUAUUUAACCACAAUGUGUGCUUUUAUUCCAAUAUAUUUGGAUAUGAGACAAAGAGAGUAAUUCCAUUCAAUAAAAUCACAUCCGUGCAAAGAGCUAAGGCAGCUGGAUUAUUUCCUACUGCUAUUGAAAUUAUGGUUGGAGAAAAGAAGUUAUUCUUCACAUCUUUCCUAUCCCGUGAUGAUGCUUUCAAGUUAAUUACUGAGGGUUGGUCACAACAUGGAAAGCCGGAAAAUAUGACAACAGAUAUCCUGGACAAGCAAUCAAAUUUAUGCAAUCAAAAGAAUGGAGCUGAUGUGAUUGAAAAUUUUGAGAAAUCUGAAUGCCUAGAGGAUGAGAUGGAAGGUUCUAAAAGGCAUAAGGAUGUAUCUUCCUUAGAUGAUUCUAGUCCUCCUCAAGAUGGUGAGCCUGAGUGUAUACCAAUGUCUCCAGAAGUGGAGAACACUGGAGGAGAUACAUCAGAAGCAAUUGAAAAUAGUGGAUCCUCACCAUCUUCCGUGAUGACUCUUGGAUGGACAAAUGCAAAUUCUGAGGCACCUAAAGUUUCCGAAGACUUUACGAAGGUUGCCGAAGAAAAGUUUCAGAUAAGUGUGAAAGAGUUCUUCAAUCUCUUUUGUUCGGAUGAAGCUGUUGGUUUCCUGGAGUCAUUUCAUAGAAAAUGUGGAGAUAAAGAUUUUAAAUGCAGCUCAUGGUAUCAACGAGAUGAGUUUUAUCAUGCUCGUGAUAAGUCGUUCCUACAUCCAAUUAAAAUAUACUUUGGUGCAAAAUCUAGCUUCUGCCAGGAGUUUCAGACAUUUAGAGUCUUCAAAGACAAUCAUUUGGUUAUUGAGACCUCCCAAGUGGUUAAAGAUGUACCCUAUGCAGAUUACUUUACAGUUGAGGGGCGUUGGGAUGUUAAACAAGAUUCAAAAUCAAUCGACAGUUGCUUUUUGACCGUCUAUAUGAGAGUAUCUUUUUCCAAGAGGACUGUGUGGAAAGUGAAGAUUGUACAAUCUACAUUGGAUGAAUGUCGAGAUGUUUACGCUCUUUGGAUAAAAAGUGCACAUGAAUUGCUGAUGAAGAAACACCUUGAGAAUAAAGAAGCUGGAGAUUCAUCAGCUGAUACAACACUUAAUGAUGAUGGCCAAAGCCAUCAAGGGAAGGUGGGAAACUCAUUGGAACCUUCCGAAAGUACAGAAGGAACAUGCAAACAACAGACAACAACACCUGACAUCGGCGAUACGUCACCUCUACGAGAGAGUGAUGACCAUUCAAUAGGGCCCACGGUUAGAGAACCCAUCUUGAAAUCCCUCCUCUUUUUGAACUUUAGAAACAAGGUUCCCAUAAUGGUGAUGAUUACCUUCGCUAUGAUUCUAGUUCUCAUGCAGCUAAGCAUAGUCGUGCUACUAUCUCGACCUCAACAAGUCCAAGUAAUUCAUCAUCAUCAUCACCAAUCUGAUUACUCUAUCAACAAACUAUUGUCGACUGAUUCCGAAACAAGAGAACAGCAAAUGACAACAUGGCUAGACAAACGAAUCGACCAUGUUAAUGAAGAUAUAGGCAUAACUGAAAAACUUCUAGACAAGAUCCAACAAGAACAUGCAUUGUUGAAAACACAGCUAAGUGAUCUACAGAAUCUUAAGAGACAGCUUAUGGAAAAAUGAUCUUAAACCGAGUAUGUUUUUCGGCUUAAUCCUAUUUAUUAGAGCAAAAUAAGUAUCAUAUUUAGGUUUUGUGUGUUCUAUAAUUGUUUAUGAAGAUAGUCAUAUCAUUUGUACACCCUUUUAAGGAAAAUAGUAUAUGAAAGACCCUAAAUCUUUGUCAAUAAGCAAAUGGUUACAUGUAGAUUAAUGGAUUGGUUAUUUUUAAAUUAUAUCAGAA